GGGCGCCGGGACGCGGCUGCGCUCAGUUCUCUCCUCUCGGAAGCUGCAGCCAUGAUGGAAGUUUGAGAGUUGAGCCGCUGUGAGGCGAGGCCGGGCUCAGGCGAAGGAGAUGAGAGACGGCGGCGGCCGCGGCCCAGAGCCCCUCUCAGCGCCUGUGAGCAGCCGCGGGGGCAGCGCCCUCGGGGAGCCGGCCGGCCGGCGGCGGCGGCAGCGGCGGCGUUUCUCGCCUCCUCUUCGUCUUCUUUUCUAACCGUGCAGCCUCUUCCUCGGCUUCUCCUGAAAGGGAAGGUGGAAGCUGUGGACUCGGGCGGGAGCCGGCUGAGGCGCGGCGGCUGCACCUCCCGCUCCUGGAGCGGGGGGGAGAAGCGGCGGCGGCGGCUGCAGCUCCGGGGAGGGUGUCGGAGUCGCCUGUCACCAUUUCCAGGGCUGGGAACGCCGGAGAGUUGGUCUCUCCCCUUCUACUGCCUCCAACACGGCGGCGGCGGCGGCGGCGGCACAUCCAGGGACCCGGGCCGGUUUUAAACCUCCCCUCCGCCGCCGCCGCACCCCUGCUGGCCCGGGCUCCGGAGGCCGCCGGAGGAGGCAGCCGUUCCGAGGAUUAUUCUUCUCCCCAUUCCGCUGCCGCCGCUGCCAGACCUCUGGCUGCUGAGGAGAAGCAGGCCCAGUCGCUGCAACCAUCCAGCAGCCGCCGCAGCAGCCAUUACCCGGCUGCUGUCCAGAACCAAGCGGCAGCAGAGCGAGGGGCAUCAGCCACCGCCAAGUCCAGAGCCAUUUCCAUCCUGCAGAAGAAGCCCCGCCACCAGCAGCUUCUGCCAUCUCUCUCCUCCUUUUUCUUCAGCCACAGGCUCCCAGACAUGACAGCCAUCAUCAAAGAGAUCGUUAGCAGAAACAAAAGGAGAUAUCAAGAGGAUGGAUUCGACUUAGACUUGACCUAUAUUUAUCCAAACAUUAUUGCUAUGGGGUUUCCUGCAGAAAGACUUGAAGGCGUAUACAGGAACAAUAUUGAUGAUGUAGUAAGGUUUUUGGAUUCAAAGCAUAAAAACCAUUACAAGAUAUACAAUCUAUGUGCUGAAAGACAUUAUGAUACCGCCAAAUUUAACUGCAGAGUUGCACAGUAUCCUUUCGAAGACCAUAAUCCACCACAGCUAGAACUUAUCAAACCCUUUUGUGAAGAUCUUGACCAAUGGCUAAGUGAAGAUGACAAUCAUGUAGCAGCAAUUCACUGUAAAGCUGGAAAGGGACGAACUGGUGUAAUGAUUUGCGCAUAUUUGUUACAUCGGGGCAAAUUUUUAAAGGCACAAGAGGCCCUAGAUUUCUAUGGGGAAGUAAGGACCAGAGACAAAAAGGGAGUAACUAUUCCCAGUCAGAGGCGCUAUGUAUAUUAUUAUAGCUACCUGUUAAAGAAUCAUCUGGAUUAUAGACCAGUGGCAUUGUUGUUUCACAAGAUGAUGUUUGAAACUAUUCCAAUGUUCAGUGGCGGAACUUGCAAUCCUCAGUUUGUGGUCUGCCAGCUAAAGGUGAAGAUAUAUUCCUCCAAUUCAGGACCCACACGACGGGAAGACAAGUUCAUGUACUUUGAGUUCCCUCAGCCAUUGCCUGUGUGUGGUGACAUCAAAGUAGAGUUCUUCCACAAACAGAACAAGAUGCUAAAAAAGGACAAAAUGUUUCACUUUUGGGUAAAUACAUUCUUCAUACCAGGACCAGAGGAAACCUCAGAAAAAGUAGAAAAUGGAAGUCUAUGUGAUCAAGAAAUUGAUAGUAUUUGCAGUAUAGAGCGUGCAGAUAAUGACAAGGAAUAUCUAGUACUCACUUUAACAAAAAAUGAUCUCGACAAAGCAAAUAAAGACAAGGCCAACCGAUACUUUUCUCCAAAUUUUAAGGUGAAGCUGUACUUCACAAAAACAGUAGAGGAGCCAUCAAAUCCAGAGGCUAGCAGUUCAACUUCUGUAACACCAGAUGUUAGUGACAAUGAACCUGAUCAUUAUAGAUAUUCUGACACCACUGACUCUGAUCCAGAGAAUGAACCUUUUGAUGAAGAUCAGCAUACACAAAUUACAAAAGUCUGAUUUUUUUUUUUAUCAAGAGGGAUAAAACACCAUGAAAACAAACUUGAAUAAACUGAAAAUGGACCUUUUUUUUUAAUGGCAAUAGGACAUUGUGUCAGAUUACCAGUUAUAGGAACAAUUCUCUUUUCCUGACCAAUCUUGUUUUACCCUAUACAUCCACAGGGUUUUGACACUUGUUGUCCAGUUGAAAAAAGGUUGUGUAGCUGUGUCAUGUAUAUACCUUUUUGUGUCAAAAGGACAUUUAAAAUUCAAUUAGGAUAAAUAAAGAUGGCACUUUCCCAUUUUA